AUGAUUUACCAACUAUUGUUUGCUGGCCUUGCCACCAUCCACCUCGCUUCAAGCUUCGGCCUAUCCUUCAGGCAAUUCAAGGUAGCCAGAGCUGUUCACGACGUAGAGGGUGACGACAUCGUCCGUGACACGUGUCUUGGAGCUAAGAUUCCUACAGCUGGUAGUUCUGACUCGUGCGGUCGCUCAGCGCGCCGUUCAAAUGAUGUCGAAUCUUUGCUAUUCAUGAGAGAUGGCACUGCUGCCUGUGACAAUACCCAAAGUAUCGACAAUAUUGAUUCAGCCGACCGUGACAAGCAGACAAUUCGGGUUCCCAAGCUUGUCGUCGGUCCCAAUGAUACGUCUAUUUCCGUUGAUAAUCAUGUGAUCAUGAUGACGGUCAAGGGCAACGAAAACGGAGUCGGCUCAUAUACAUGCAUGAUUGAUUCAACUGGUACUGGUAAUAGUACUGACGCGGGAAUCUGGACUGAGAUGGAGGUUACCUCCAAUUCCACUGAUAAAAUCUCAUCAGAUGGAGGAGCUGAUGUUGAAAUCCAAGCUGCUAUCGAUCCUAACCAGACGUGUACUGGAAGACUUGAAGACAAGGAGAAUGUGUGCACGGUUAAAUGCAACGAUGCUGCCAUUCCUGGGUCGCUUGAGAAAUCUGUUUAUGUGCAGAUAGAAGAGGAAGACAGUACUCCCACGCCGACCGAUCCAACUAUUGAUGUUGAAGCUCAAGCUACAGGAAGAGCUGGUGCUAGACACUCGAAUGCGGCAACUAAAGGAACUUCGGGUCCAAUAAUAGUCCAUCCAACCCAGAUGUCAAAGCCUGUAAUUUGA